AUUUAAUAAAAAAAAUAAAGAAUCCUACAAAAUAUGAAAUAUCAUCCAGUUCAUCAAUAUUGUUGGGUAGUAAAACUAACGCUCAUAAUUAUUAUAAUGAUAUAUAUGAUGAAGAAUAUAAAAAAAAAAAUUAUCAUAUUAACAAAAUGAAUAUGCAAUAUAAUGAACCAUAUAAUAUUCAAUAUAUUAAGGAAAAACAGAAAACGAAAACGAAAACGAAAAAGAAAAAGAAAAAAAAAAAAAAAAAAGAUGAAAGUUAUAUAGAUUCCUAUAUAGAUCUUAUAAAAAAUGUUAAAGUUUUUUCAUUCUUUGAAAAUAAAGAACAAAUAAUACAAAAUAAUACAUUUACCAAUUUUUUCAAUAAUAUAAAAAAUUUUUUUUUUUUUUCAUCUAAUGAAAAAAAGGAACAAAAGGAAAAUAACACAUCAAACCAUAAUAAUCCUUAUGAACAAAACAAAAAUAUAAAUAAUAAAAGACAA